GUUUUCUACGCACUUUUGAAGAAUGAUGAAACGAACGGUGAAAGACGCUGAUCAUAAUUCACCAGACAUGCCCAGCUUGCCGAGUCGCGGGCGCAGCAAAGAAAACCUGCUUGGACCGAGCUUGGGAUAGGGCUCCCCAACGCCGCAGCAGCAGCGACGAUGUCGUGUGUGAAGUAUCUGCUUUGUAUAUAACAUCAUAGACCUCAGGCUGGUAGAACCGGAUCAUUCCAUCAACGACUUUACGACUUCUUUCUCACGCGUCGACAUACAACAUGGCCGUCCGUAUACCAGCCAGCUUGCACCGUAAUGGUCUUCGCCCUUACCUUGCCGAGUUUAUUGGCACCCUCCUUCUCAUUCUCAUUGGUGAUGGUGUCGUUGCUCAAGCUGUCCUGACAGACUUUUACUACGCGAACUUUCUGUCAGUCAACUUGGCCUGGGCUUCUGCCGUCGCACUUUCCUGCUAUGUUGGCGCUGCUGUGAACCCUGCCAUCACCCUUGCCUCUGCGAUCAUCCGUCCUACCAAGCAACAAUGGGCUCAACUUCCUGGAAAAUGGGCUGCGCAGUUUUCCGGUGCCUUUGUCGGAGCUGCAUUGGUCUACCUGCAAUACAGAUCCGCCAUCAAGGCUUGGGACCCUGAGUUUACUGUUCCUGGUGGCUCUAUCUUGUCUCCUCAGGGUCACCAUUCUGCUGGUAUCUUCGCUACCUACCCUGCCGCACACUUUGGCACUAAUUGGGAGGCUGCUGUUACUGAGUUCCUUGGAUCCUCUCUGCUCGCUUUCGGUGCUUCCGCCGUUGCGGACCCUAAGAAUGAGGGACUCAAGGCUCCCCAAUUUAUGAUGUUUGCUCUUAUGGUCGCUAUUGGUGCUUCUAUGGGUUGGCAAACUGGUUACGCUGUCAACCCUGCUCGUGACUUUGGCCCUCGUGUCUUCUCUGCUAUUAUUUAUGGCCGUGAAGUCUUUACCGCCAAGGGCUUCUACUUCAUUGUCCCUCUCGUUGUACCCCUCUUUGGCUGCAUUGUUGGAGCAGCUAUCUAUGAUGCUUUCAUGUUCGAGGGCGAGGGCUCUGCUGUCACUGAUGCCUUGGAUGCUGCAGAGGGUCAUGAUGGACGCAUCAGCUUGGACUAGGUGCUAUUCAGUUUUGCAGUCGGCAAGAAUGGGAGUCUGUGGCUCUAUGUCUCUUGGCCAGUCUGAGGACAAUCUGAAAAUGCUGGUUUGCAGCAAUGUUUGGGUUGAACGAGCAGGUGCCGGCUUCUAUGUAUGUUUUAAUGGGGAUGAUGGGUUGUGUUAUGGCUUUCAUGAUGCUGAUCUUACGUUUGGGAUGGAGGGCGUGACCUCGAUGUAUAUAUUGUAGAAGGGGAUCGCUUAGGCGAGUACAAUCGUGUGCAGCGAAGAGUGUAGUGGCUUUGAGUUGCGUUUCAGUAGGGGCGUCAAAUAACUCGACUUCUUCUGAGAUGCCUGUCGUACCAGUCAGAUCUUCUAAGUCAAACCGACCUUAUUGGUCGACAGUGUAUAACACUGAGUUGGAAUUUACCAUAAUGGAUGUUCGCGAAUAGAUACGGUGAUACUGAUAGCAGAGGAAGUGAGACUAUUCGAGAGCCCCAG